ACCAUGACCACCCACAUCCCCUCCAUCACGCUCCCGGCCUUUCUGUUCGAACAGCCUGCCGCCGCCGUGCUCCUCCCGAUCGCUGCUGGCACCGCUAUUGGCUUCGCCAUAUCCCCAUCAGAGACGAGGAAGUUCCAUGCAGCCUUGCGCCAACCACCCUUGAAGCCUCCUGGAUGGAUUUUCGGUCCUGUCUGGACGGCGUUGUAUGGUGCGAUGGGAUAUGCUAGCUAUCGUGCCUGGACGAUCGGGACUACGAGCGUGAACCCACGCACAGUGCAGCUCGCAAAGCAUGGCGCAACCUUGUACACCAUUCAAUUGGCGUUGAACUUGGUCUGGACACCUCUCUUCUUUGGCUUGAAGAAGCCUGUAGCUGCCAGCGCCGAUAUCAUUGCUCUGACAGGCACAGUGGGCUACUUGGCUUAUAUCUGGGGCCAAGUGGACGAGACGUCUGGCUGGCUGUUGGCUCCAUACCUUGCAUGGCUCGGCUUCGCCAAUUACCUCUGCCAUGGCGCCGGGUACUUGAACUCUUGGGACUUUUCUACACAAGGUCAGAAACAGGCCUGAAUUAGUGCAGGGCGUGAGUAGCCGGAUCAUGAGAGCAGAGCAAGAAAAUAGCUGGAAUUGACGAAGUGCCCUGAGCUCAUUAGCACAGUUCCAAGUCUCGGUGGGAGCAUUCCGGUGAGCCCAUGCAGCUGUAAGACUGUACAAUACCUACAUGUACACUUUUCACGUCUACCGCAUCGUUGUGAUAGGUUCGUCGACCGCGGAUUGAGCGCUGACACGGCAGUCUGUAAUACGUAUACAUCUCUGACCUGGUCGCCGCUCCUUGUUCACACACCAGAUUAUACCAGUCAGAGAGCAGUAGUAUGCGAAAAAUCACUCAGUGCGGCCUCUCAAUCAUGCACCAACUGACCAAUAGGAAAGCUCCGCCGCGACGCCCUCGUGCAUGCAUACUGCGUGCGAACUGGUUGCCUUCGUUCGAGUUGCACACGGCUGAGGGGUCAUUCUAUAUGCUUCCAAGUGCUUCAGAGCGAGCAACGACCUCAGCUGUGAUGUUGCCGAAGCUCACGCUCUAGGUUCAGUCAUCCACACCUUCGACGUCUUGCUUGUGGUUGACUUCGUGGUAUGAGACAUGAAUGGAAAGCAAUAGACGAUGUAUAGUCAAUCUCCGUUCCGACAGCGACACAUGUCUGAUCCCAACAACCUCGACCUCUCCAGUCUCGACGAUCUGGCACAGGAGGCUGGCCAGAUUCCACUUGAGCAACUGACUAAAUCCGAACAAGUCCAGCCAUGGGAUGGACAGGGACAGCAUGGCGUUCUCUAUGGCCAGAUGCCUGGUUCUGGAUGGCAGCUUGGCCCGUCUACCAGAUCAGAUGACAUGGCAGAGUGCAUGCAAAUCGGCAGUCGAGCCGUGAUGGAGCGGACUUCGUCCUAUAACCCUUCCAUUGCGGACUCGGGCUACGUAUCACAACCAGUUGCCUCAAAGACUGAAUGUAGUGCCAACGGAAACGAGUAUACGUUCGGAUACUCUUCAUCCCCUUACGGGCCACAUGCCGGCAACGAUAGACUGUGGCCAUCGGGUCUCCAGACCGUCCUUACGGAAAGUAAUAGUAGGCUCGUGGAAGGGACAGGUCCGCGAAAACCAGCAAUGGACCCCUGCCUACAAUGUGGUCGCCAGCCCAAGAAUCAAUCUGACGCGCGAAAGCAUGCAGAAACGCACCUCAAACGCCAUCACUGUACGGCACACGGCUGCACCAGAAAAGAUGGCUUUGCGACAGUCAACGAUCUGGAAAGGCACAAGAAGAGUGUCCACUGUCUCAGGCCUGCUGUGGGCAAUCCGACUGGGUUCAUCUGCUGUGCAUGUCUGCAGCAAUCGGAGGGGAAGGAGAACAAGUUUUGGCCAAGACGAGAUAACUUCAAGGCGCACAUCAGACGCAAGCAUACGAAUUGGGAUGAAGGGCGUCUUCUCGAAUCCUCCCAAGCAUAUCGACCUAAUGAUGCCAUUACCACCGAUCUGGAGACAAGGUCUGCCGUGAACUUCGUGGAGCCGCAGAGCGAGAUAUCUCAUGGCGAUCAUAACGAGCUCGAAUACUAUUGGAUCCAGAUCGCCGACGAAUCUCAUCAGCAGCAGCUCAACGAAAUAUCGCAUGAAGAUGACUUCGCUCAACUUUUUCCCGGUUCCGACCUGCAUGAUAAUACGCUGGCUGCAAUGGGCGGUGCUAUGCAAGACGAUGUGCCUUAUAUCGAUCACAGUACCUGGUCCAUGCAACUCGAUGGCGUCCUUGAAGGAAGCCUACCAGGCUCGUCGUACACAGAAAACUCAUCACAGUACUAUAUGCUGGCAAGCGAUCAUCAAUUUGGUUCUAUCGACAGUGAAGGCGAAGCUCCUCCCACUUCUCUUUAUGAAAUUCAAGACGCCGAAGAUGCGCCCUCUUGCACGAAUACAAUCCAGCCUCGUACCACGGCAGACCAGCUCCGCUUCGACAAUCAUCACCAGUGUCCAUCGUGCUACAAGUCCCACAGACGCGGGUGCGACCUCAAAAAGCACAUCAAACGCCACACACGUCCAUACGGCUGUACAUUUCCUCGCUGUCAAAAGAAGUUUGGCAGCCGCAACGAUUGGAAACGCCAUGAGACCUCUCAGCACGAUAUUCACGAGUCCUUCCAAUGCACUCUCCCUCGUUCACCCUCCACGGAAGGUAAAACUUGUACGCGUCGACCACUCCGAACUUCUGCAGUCCUGGCCCGGCAUCUGCAAAGCCCGGAGCAUGAACCUGUAGCAACAAACAACCUCAAUAUCGGGGAAGCGUGCACACAAUCCCGUAUGAGCAAAAACGGACACGGAAAUUCCUUCUUCUGGUGUGGGUUCUGCGAGACACUGUUACACCAGCUCCAGCCCCAGUCCCAACACUCCCAACACCAGGACAUUCCGGUCCGCGAUGACGCUGCACGUGCUUGGGAGGCUCGAAUCAAGCAUAUUGGGGAUCAUUUUGACAAAGAAGGGUUUCAUAUCGAUGACUGGGUUGGUCCGGAACAGCCCGCGAAGAAAUAUAUCAUGAUUGACGACUGUAACGAUGUGAGAGGAAGAACGAUUCGAGGGCAUGUCUAUGAGAGUGAAGGAAGUUCUCCCGUUUGGGGCAGCGCUUGAUGUACAAUACUCAGGUAGGUUAUACCUACAUAGUAUACCUAUAGGUAUCUAUACCUUUC